UCUCUACGUGCGUGAGCAAAUCUCUCUCUCUAACCCACCCGACUCCCCGUCUCAUAAGAGGACUCGUUCCCUCUUAUGACCUCUCUCUCUCUCUCUCUCCUUAAAAUGCACUCUGGGAAUCCAACUCCCCUGCUCUCUCUCUCUUCCCUCUUUCCUCUCCUUCAAUGACCGUUCCAGGAAACCAUUAGGGACCCAUGUUGCCCUAAUGUGGCUGCAAAGCCCCAAACUCCCGAAACCCUAAAAGUCGCCAUUUCUUGUCAUGGGAAGCACAGGAGAGCCUGACCGCAAGCGCAGGAGCUUCAGCUCCCUCUCUCCUACCUCUGCAAAGAAGCACUCGUUGCCUCCCCCUUCCGAAGAGAAAAAGGUUGAUACGGCUGUUCUACAAUACCAAAAUCAAAAGCUGUUUCAACAAUUAGAGGCUCAGAAAUCCGAGUUUGAUGCCCUUGAGAACAAAUUCAGGCAACUAAAAGAACAGCAGUAUGAUUAUGAUAGCACAUUGAAAGUGGUCAAUAGGGCUUGGGAAAAGCUUGUGAGCAAUUUGGAAUCAUUAUCAAUUCGCAUAACUGGUUGUGGAAAAGGUGCUCGUGGAUUGAAGAUAUCUCAUGCAGUGGAUGAUUCAGCUCGGGAAUUAAGUCCUCUUGAGGAUGAUUUUUUGGGCAGACUCCAGCAAACAGGUGCUACUGAGAGUAGCUCCUCGAAUGGUUCAUUUAAUCAGAAAGGUGAUCUAAAUACAGCCCAUGCAUCCACAGAGAAGGUUUUGAGAAACGUUGUUGCUGCGAUUAAUGACGUGUGGUCUGAAGAUGAAGAAAUUUCUACUGUUAUUUGUGAGAGCCUUCCUAAAGAUGAGGCCAGCGAACAACUGCAGCAGACAGAUAGAGAUUUAAGAAAAGAGGUCAAUAAAUUAAGAGGGGAGCUCCAUGAUCUCCAUUUGAAGCAUAGGUCGAUAGCAAAUGACGUGCAGAAUCACUGUGACAUUGAUGCAAGGAAUAAAUCUGAGCUUAAACGUUUAGCAGGGGAGCUGAAAAAUACCAUCACUGAACUUGAAGAAAGCAAUUGUAAACUGAUGGCUUUGAAAGCUCAGAGAGAUGCAGCACAAGGAGCAUCAUUUCCGGUUCUAAAUCUCGGAAACACACAUAUCUCAGGAGAAAAGGCGAGGGAUAAGAUGAAAGAAUUACAUGACAUGGAAUCUACUCUUGAUGAGCUCACGGUUCAAGCUGAGAGUCGCCUUUCAGAGCUCAAGGCUGCUCAUGAAGAAAGGAUAGAUAUUUUAAAGCAGCUAGCCAAUAUACAAAGCUCCCUAAAGGAUAUGAAACAAAUUUGUUCAUCGAAAUGUUAUCUCUUGUUAAGUGAUCAGCUUGAAAAGUCAAAAGCAGAAGUUGAGCGAUACCAGGCACUUUUGGAGAAACUACAGGUUGAGAAGGAUAGUUAUAUUUGGAGGGAUAGAGAAGUGAACCUUAAAGUUGAUUUAGCUGAUAUUUCUAGAAGCAUUGGUGCUAGUAUUGAGUCUAGGGCAAGAUAUCUCGAGACAGAGUUAAAGAAGCAGGUUGAUGAGAAGAAUUUACUUGAGUGUAAGCUAGCUGCUGCCGCAAAGGAACCAGGAAGAAAAGAAAUCAUUGCGGAGUUUAAAGUAAUGGUUUCCUCUCUGAACAAGGAAAUGGGAGUGAUGCAAGAUCAAAUGAGUAAAUACAAGGAAGCUGCCAUGGAAGUUCAUUCUCUUCGUGCCAUAGUUCAGUCACUAUCUAAUAGACUUGAGAGGAAGACAAAUGCGAUUAAGACUCUCUCGAUUGGAUCUACUGAGCAAACAUCUGAAAUACAGAAGCUUCAAGCAGUAGUUCAAGAUUUGAAAGAAAGUGAACAAGAGUUAAAGCUGAUUCUGGAAAUGUACGGGCGUGAAUCUACAGAUCCCAGGGAAGUAGUAGAGGCAAGGAACAUGGAAUAUAAAGCAUGGGCGCAUGUUCAAAGCCUGAAGUCAGCUCUUGAUGAGCACAACUUGGAAUUGCGUGUCAAGGCAGCAAAUGAAGCUGAAGCGGUGUCACAACAAAGGCUAGCUGCUGCUGAAGCUGAGAUUGUUGAGUUGAGGCAAAAGUUGGAAGAGUCUGGCAGGGAUAUAUCGGUUCUUACGGAGGACCUGAAAUCAAAAAAUGAGGAAGGAGAGGCUUAUUUGUCUGAGAUUGAGAUGAUAGGUCAAGCAUAUGAAGAUAUGCAAACACAAAAUCGGCAUUUGCUACAGCAAAUAACGGAGAGAGAUGAUUACAACAUUAAGCUAGUUUUGGAGGGUGUUAAGGGGAGGCAGCACAAUGAUGAUUUGCACAUGGAAACACAAAGCAUGGACAAGGAAGUGCACGAAAAGAAUGUGUCUCUUGAUGCCUACAGGCAUAAAGUUGCUCAUGUUGAGGAACAGAUAAAACUCUGUUCGGAGCACAUUAGUAAGAUUUCAGAGGAGGUGUGGCAUAGCUCUCUCGCUUUGGAAAACACACGAAUAAAAGCAUUAGAAAUACAGAGAGAAUCUCAACAGUUAAAGCAGUUAUUAGAGGAAUCACGAUCCAAGGCUGAACAAAACCGUCUAAGUGUUCUUGAGCUGCAGAUUCAACUUGAGAAUGAGAGGUUUGACAAGAGGAGAAUAGAAGAAGAUUUGGAGGUUGUGACAAGAAGAGCUGCUCGUAUAAAUGCUCGAACAGAUGGUUCUUCUAUUGCUGAAAAGCUCCAAGAUGAAAUCAAAGAGUACAAGGCAAUACUGAAAUGCAGCAUCUGCCUCGAGCGGUCCAAGGAGGUUGUCAUCACCAAAUGCUACCAUUUAUUUUGCUCUCCAUGCAUACAUAAAGCUCUUGAAAGCCGUCACCGCAAGUGCUCCAUAUGUGGCUUGACCUUUGGACUCAAUGAUGUGAAAAAUGUCUACCUAUAACUGGAGGGAUUCAAGAUCAAGAUCAAAGCCCCAUUUAAAGCUUCAGCGCAAUAACUCUUGGCUCAAUUAGGUUUGAUUCUCAUGUACCUUUAACAUGAUUCUUUUCUUCUUUUUUUCUUUCUUUGUAAAAUAUCGAAACAGAGGAAAGCCAUUGUUGAAUUCGGUUUUCCCUUACCCAUAGGACAUUUCCCUGGCCUAGAGCAGCUCGCUGUUGCUGAAUAUUGUCAGCUCAUAAUUCCGGGAUGUAGGUAUUUGUUUGGGAGGAGUGCUUUUUGAUCUUGUGUAAAUUUCUCUUGCUUCUAUUGAUUUUGGUCUCUC